CUAUAAUGAGAAAGCCGAAGAAGAGUUAGCAUGUUUGAGAGGUAUUUUCGAAAAGUACAUCGUACCGUACGUUUUUGUUUUAACUCGGAGGAAAAGGGGAGCUGUGGGUUGUUUCUCAUUGACACUGAUGGACUUCAGCGGGAGAUUUUGUCACGAUGAGAAGUUCCACCUCCGCCCUCUCUCCUCCUCACUCUCCUCCACCAGCCCCUCUACCACUGGCGUCCUCCUCCUCUGUUACUGGAUGUCCAGAACUUGACCUGUCUGUCAAUGUCACUCCAACUCCCAAGACUGAGCCCUCAAAGCAGAACCGCCCCUUGGAUGGACACACUAAAGGACAGAAGGUUUCUUUCAAAGAGCCGCUGGUCUGCACAUUAACACUGGAGCCUCAUGGCACUUUCGUCAAAAAAGCCCAACGUCAGCAGCCAAUCAGAGCUGAUGCCUCCAAACACAUCGUGGAAUUUCCUGUUGCAGAAUCAAAUCCAGGUGCUGGUUGUCUGGAGACAGUGGGAUUAAAUUCCACCCUGGCUCUGAAGGCGGAGCUUCAGUCGCUGCAGAGUGAGGGGUUUAAUUCCCAGAAGGCUGUACAAGAGACACUGCGUAAAUCAGAGAGGACAAAGAAUCUGAUCAACACAAAGGCUACAGACGUUGUGAAUGUCUCUCGCUCUCAGCUCCUCUUCAAUUCCCUUGUCAGCGUCAGCGUGCAGAAGGAUGAACUCAUCCACCAGCUCCUUCAGGAUCGACUGACCGUGCAUCCACUCUGCCAUGAAGUCAAAGCAGCGGACGGUCCCUCACUUAGCGUAUUUGUGACCUCUGACCUGGUCAGACAGAAGCCCCUCCCUCCCAGUGAGGAGCCUCCGUGCGACAAGUUGAAGCCAUUGACACGACGUGCCUGCUCGACAUUUGACCUCAGUCAAAGACAGAGACGAUGGGAGGCCACGCCCUGACUCAGUGACCAAUCACAGCUCACUGUGAUUGGUCACUGAGUUUUCACUGUUUGCUGAUUGACUUUGAAUUAGUUCACUGUAAAUGUUUUCUUCUGCAAUAAAGUCUUUUCCACUUCCACCUCACCUCCAUCCUCUGAGGCUGUGACCUCUCCUCUACAAUCCACAGUUUUUGUUUGUUGUUCUCCAUCGUUCACGUGGAAUAUCAUCAAAACAAAGACAAAGAGAGUGGAUGAGGAAACUGACAAGAGCAGAUUGUUGAUGAAAUAUGGAAACAGUACAAAGACAAACAUGUUUAAAGGUAAAAAAAAUGUAAAUAAUCAACAUUAUGUUGUUAAAGUUUAUAAUGUAAAUUUAUACAUUAACAUUUAAUGUGUUCUGUUUUCUUGACAAGUUCAGUUUCUGUUUAGCUCAAAGAUGAGGGACAUUUCAUCCAAGGUUUUUUUUUCUUUCCCCAAAACUAUUGUUUAUAUAUUUUUAAGAAAACAAUCAGCUUUUUUGAGCUAAAAUGCAAAGCAGAAAAACAUUCUUGAAACCCAGAUUCUGUAAAACUUUGUUGAUCCCCAGGUAGAACUUUUUUCUGCACUGUUAGUAAUGUGUAAUUUUUUUGUUUACAUUUGCUUUCUACUAUGUUAUAGUAGAAUUUGUACAGUUAUUAUUGUUGUUCCUGUUAAUGUUAGUGUCCAGUGUUCCCUGCUGAGGAACAGGAGAAAGAUAAUUAAUUAAUUUAGUUUUUAUAUUUGAUCAUGUUUAUAAACGUAUGCUCUUAUGAAUAAUUUGUUUUUCAUUAUAUGGUCAUCUAGUUUGAAGAAGUAGAGGUUGAUCUAAUAAAACAUGUUCUCAAUAAACCAUAAACAAC